UUUAACAAUAAAUGACUCUUAGACUUAAAACCCUACUAUGUUUUCGUUACCUAAACUAGGUAUUUGUGUUAGCGUCGUGUUCUUAUUUAUAUCAUUUUCGAAUCCUAAUAACGUUUUCAUUAGUCAUAAAAAAAAUUCACUAUUAAACCUUUAGUUUAUUUAUGACUUAAAUUUAGUGAAAAAUUAUAUGAUUAUUAAUUUAAAAGUGUUUAUAAAUGAACACUUUAAUUUUUCUUAAAGUUCAUGUCAGGCACCAAACUCCUAAAAACAACAAAUUUAAUUUCGAAUAGCAAGUGUUAAUCUACAUAAUUUUUUUAUCUGUUGUUAAAAAUGUUGAAGUUAUCUUUAAUAUUUGGUAUUAUUGCAGCUCUGUCCUCGUGUUUAUAGUAUGUUAUUUGGAAACGUUAAGUUAUUUUUUGAAUAAAAAGUAGAUUGGUAAAGUGCUAAAAUAUGUCAGAAAAUUCAUUAGUACCUUUGUACAAUAAAGAAAUUUAUAUCACUAAUGCUGAGUUUGAAGGCUGUUUUAUAAAAAUAUGGGGCCAUUUUUUUUGCCCCAAAAGGUCUAAUAUGGAAAAAUCAUUGCAAAACUAUGAAUCAUAUUCUCGGGAUAUGAAGACUAUUGAUUUGUAUGGAAAUACUCCUUAUAUUUAUGUUUGGAAGUUAGGUAUAGAAGUGAGAGUUUAUAGAUGCAAAAUUAUUAGCUCAGAUUUUCAAACGAAAAUCCAUACUAUACUUCUUAUUGACUAUGGAAGAACAAUGGUUGCAUCAUUUGUAGAUGUUCGUGAGAUAUCGAUGGAUGUAAACAAAUCUAUUAUCAAUGGGCUAACACAAAGAGCAUCUGUGUAUACCUAUUUAUUAAGUGGUUAUAUUAGUAAAUCAAAAUCGAAUUCAGAAUUGAAUGAAUUACUAUCAAAUCAAUACUAUUCUUAUCGUACAGAUUUUGAAAUUGAGGGAGUGUCAUUUAUAACAUUACUUAAUCUUGAUAACAAAAUACUUCUAGAAACUGGUAUGGCAGAUACUAUAGAGUUAUCAAAAAUAAUUAUUAUUGCUAAUAAUAUGUCAAAAGUUUUAUCGCUGAACAAAAAACGUGAUAUUAAAAAUAGUUGCCCUAUUCCAGCUAAAGAAUCAGAUCUACAAUACUUAAGAUCUCAACAGUUAGAUAACUUAACAAUACAAAAUAUAUUUGUUACAAAAGUGUCUGUUGGUGAAGAUACUAUACUAUUAACAGUCAGGACAGUUGACUAUGAAUCUGAAUAUUUACAAAAAAUGCUACAGUCAAUUGAUCGUCAAAAUUUAGUAUUAUCUCCUGUUCUUGAAGUUCACACUCCUUGUUUAAUACUUGUGCAAAAUAAGUUUGCUCGUGCAGUAAUAUUGGAUGUAAAAAUUAAUGGAUUAUUGGUUGAUUUGAUUGAUUAUGGAAUUCAUGAAUUUGUACUUCGCACGACUGUUUUUCAAAUACCUACUGAGUGUAAUGUAAUUGAAAUGCGUUCUUUGAAUGUAAUUUUGGAUAAACCUAAAGACUUUUCACAAGAAACUAUCAAAAAGUUGCUGCUUAAUCAAAAUUUUGGAAUGUUACCAAAAAAAAUUGAUCCUAAUUAUGGAUUAUACAAAAUUGAAUUGUUUAGUAAAAAAGGAAACGAAAUAUGUGACGUAUUUGUUAAUCAACGAAAUGAAAAUGAAAAUUCUGUUUCCAAGUGUUCACUAUCACCUAAAUCUUCUAAUGAUUACUUAAUUACUGAGAUUCAAGAUGAUGACAAAAUUUCAACUACUGGUUCUUGUAGCUUUACCAUACUACAUCAAUCAAAUAAUGAUCAGAUCACUAUAGAUAGUCAAGAAGAGAGGAUAAGUAGUAUUGAAAAAAUAACGUGUUUACAAGUAGAAAAACUUUCAAAUAAAAGUGAGUUGCUCUGUGUACUACUGACUUACAAAUCACCAAUGCAUUUUUUUGUGAGACAAUAUAACGCAGACUUCCAUUGUUAUUUUGAAAAUAUUAAGUCUUCUUUAGAAGAAAGGUAUAUUUUGAAAAAGUUUGAUAUCAUCAAAAAUAUGUAUGUGAUCUUAAAACAUUAUUCUGGCUUAAUAUACCGUGCACAAGUUGUCAAUAUGGAUUCAAUUGUUGAAAGAAUUGAAUUAAAGUUAGUUGAUGAAGGCAAUGAAAUUGUAAAUGAAGAGUUUGAUAAAAUUGUAUUGUAUAAUUUUUUGGAGAGUGAUUGUAUAAUGCCUGCUCAAUUAGUAUUGGAAUGUUCAUUAAGUGAUAUGUGGUUUCCCCUAUUGAAUAUUGAUGUUGCUAUGAUAGUGAAAUCACAUUUUCACAAUGCAUCCAUAUAUAAAUGUAUUAUAACUGGUAAAGACGAAAUUGGACGAAAUUCAGUAAAAAUGAUUGAAAAAGAUUCAAACAUUGAUAUUGCUGAUUCUAUUCUUAAAUCUGGUUUUGGUCAACGUUUAGAAUCUGUAAUGAAAACUGAAGAAACACCAUAUGAAGAAUCUGUUUUAAAUGGUCAAAGUUUCUUGUCAUAUGUGGUUUAUUCUCAUUACAAAUUAUUUAUUCAACCAGAACCUUAUACAGUAGAUGAACUAGAAGAGGAAAUAAAAAAUUAUAUAACUGACAAUCCAAUUUAUGAACCUAUAAGUUUAAUAGAUUUGCAAGGAAAAUAUUGUUUAGCAACUUUAAACAAUGGUCAAUGGUUUAGAGCAUAUGUAAAAAAUAUAUCUGAUGAAUCUAUUAUUGUAAAAUUGUUUGACAUUGGCUUAUUAACAGAUGUUACUAUUUCCCAGGUAAGACCAAUAACAAAAGAUCUCAUGAAAAAACCACAGUUAUGUUUAAUAUGUGAUAUGGAAACAAAAGAAUUAAGUUUCAAAAUAGCUGAAAAAACAUUAUAUAAUGUAACUGUUACAUCUAUAAAACCAAAUGGACUCUUGAGCGUUAAAAUUAGUGAACAUUUUUCUUCUCCAUUGCCUAUACCUGUUGUACGUGGAAUAGAAAAAAUAUCUAAAGUCCAUGUUGAUGGCGAUGUAGCUUAUUUACAAAGAGUUGAAGACCACUGUAAACUUCUAAAAAUGUCUGAAACUUUAUCUAAAAUAAAUAGCAAAUUAUGCAUAACUUCUAUAAUGAAUUCUGGGGAUCUGUAUAUGUUUGAAAAUCAUGGUUUAUAUUACAGAUGUGUAAUUAAAUCAGUUAACUUAAAAAUGGCUAAUGUUCAUUGUAUUGAUUAUGGAUAUGAAAAGCAAUUGGAAAAGAAAAAACUACAAUUUAUUGGAUCCAAUAAAGUUGCAAAACUACCAGGGCUUGCUAUACCAGUUAAAACAUUUCCUGGGGCUAUUAACAUUACAAAUAUAUUUUUAACUAAUUUGUUUAUAAAUGAUGAUAAAAGUAUUAGCGCUGCGCCUUUUAAAAUAAAUUUAAUUUUACCUCAUGGAGAUAUAAUUGAAAAUCUUAAAAACAAGUGUUUAGUUAAAAUUAGUUGUAUGUAUUCAUAUCAAGACUGUUGGAUUGUUCCUGAUAUGCAAUAUACAAAAGAGAAAUUAAUAUCUGAAGCACUAGACCAGAUACAGACUAAAACAAUUUUUUCAGUUUCUGAAGUUGGCGCUUUGUGUGCUGCUUUACAUCCACUUGAUAAAAAAUGGUACAGAGCUUUAGUUCUAAGUGUAGCCAAUGAUUCUUUAAAUGUAUUAGCUAUUGACACUGGAGAACAUUUUAAAACAUAUAAAACUACAAAAUUAGCUAGUGGAUUACAGAGUAUUCCUAAUUUAGCUAUUAAUUGUAGAAUAAAAUCAAAUGUUGAUGCUAAAAAAUUUGUUAAUAAAAUGGUGUUCUGUAAAUUAAUAUCAUGUGAAAAACCAUUGAUUGAAGUUGAAUUAUUCAUUAAUGAUGAUUUGGAAGAUGAUACUCCUUUACAUAAUAAUUUGACUGUAAAUAUCUCAAAAUUUGAAUCAUUUAAUGAGUUUUAUGUUGUAAAAGUUGAAAAUUGUGAAAACACAAAUGGCGAUAGUAUCAAUAUUAGUUCAGUUAAUAAACUAUUUUACCACUGUUGGAUGGAAGAAACUGAUGAUAUUUAUAUAAAUGAUCCAAAAAAUUAUGAUCAAAUUUCCGAAAUUAUGACUUCUCGAGAAUGGGUUAUGCAAAUUAAAAAUGAUAAAGAACCUUUUUUGGUGAAACUAACAAAUAAUGGUCAAGACUGCGUUGAUGUGAUACUCGAUAACCUUGUUUGUGUUUAUUCAGAUUAUGAAACUCCUGAAGGUACAAACAAACACGAAGAUUCCAGUUCUGACAAUAUAGAGCAAGCUGUAACUACAGAAUCUGGUUUAUGCUAUGUAAAAAAUGCUCAAGUUAGUGGAAACAUUUCAUUGGAAAACUUGAUUAUACCAAAAUUAGAAAAAGUUGUUAUAAUUAAAGUUGAAACUCUUCAUUGGUUUUAUAUACAUUCAGUGAGUUUAUUUGAUCUCUAUAAGGAUCGUAUAAUUCAUGAAUUGGAUAUGUGUAUUAUAGAGUUAAAAGUAAAUGCAAAAUUAUUGAACACUGUUGUUGUGACAUUCAGUAACAAAAAAGGAACUUGGUGUAGAGCUGUGGUUGAUAAAAUUAUUUCAGAAAGUAUUGCAUAUUGUUAUUUUAUAGAUUAUGGAAUGUAUGAGAAUUGUUCAGAAUUUUAUAAACCUACUGAAUUUCUUAGUCUAUGCCCAUUUAUUGUAAGACGUUGUGCUCUUAUUGCAUCAAAAUUAGAAGAUAAAGAAAAUGAAAUAUGGUACCCUAAUGUACUUGAAAUGUUUAAAGAUAUAUCAAGCAUUAAUGGACUUGUGAUGGAUAUGAUAGUACAAAAAGAAGGGUCUCCGUCUUUAGUUAUAUUACAAAUAGAAGGAAAUGAUAUAAGUGAAAUGUUACUUCCACAGAUUGUUGUGAUUACGCAUAUUGAAUCAUUUUCCAAUUUUAUAGUUCAAACAGUAUCUUCAGAUCUAAAUACUAUAAAAGAAGAAUUUAAACUUGGAAAUAUUACACUAGUACCAGUAGAUGAUCCUAAAAUUGGAGAUAUUUAUAUAGCUAAUAUUAAUUUGGAAUUAAAACGAAUAAGAUUUGAUGCACUUGGUGGCACAAAAUAUGUAGUAAUUGAUAUAGAUGACACAUUGGAUGCUAUAUCAGUUGAUUGUUUAUAUGAGGUGCCUGAAAAAAUUCAGGAUAUUCCUAUUUUCACAUUACGCUGUUCACUAAUAUUAGAUGACAAUGAAAAAAAUUAUUCAUUUGACAAUUUUAAAAGAAUAUCUAAGAUUAAAAAUGAAGCAUUUGUCAUGUGCAUAAUUACAGAAACUGAUGGAAAAUCACCAAACUUAGUGAAACUUUAUUUGAAUAACAAAAACAUACAAGAUUUUAUCAUAAAAUCUAAUUAGAUAUCUUCCAAUAUUUAUUAACACAGCUAUUUAUUUUUAAUUGUAUAAAUGUCUUGUUGAAUAACAGUUAGAAAAAAAAAAGUAUUAACAAAUUUCUAUUUACUUUUUUAUAUUACUUUUUGAUUUUACAUUCCUUUAUGUAUAUUGAUGUUAUUGACUUUGUUUUUUUUAAUGAAACCUAUAAGUAAACUGAUAUUAAUGAUUAUUUCUUAGUAAUACUUAAUGCCAAAUAUAUUUUGCUAUUUUGA